AUGUCCGGUACCCACGAUGAUGUUCAAAAGUACUAUGGAAAAGAUUUAACCUGUUCGGAUGAUUUGAAGACAUCAGCAUGCACGACUCCAGCGGCGGCAAUGUCCAAAUCGGUUAAGAAAGCGCUGUCGAAGAUUCACGAUGAAGUUUUGACGAAAUACUACGGCUGCGGUCUUUGCAUUCCUCCAGCUCUUGAAGGAGCCCGAGUUCUCGAUCUCGGCUGUGGAGCAGGAAGAGAUGUCUACGCAAUCGCCCAGCUCGUCGGCGAGUCUGGCCACGUGAUCGGCGUAGAUAUGACCGAGGAGCAACUCGAAACCGCUCGGAAAUACGAAGAUUUUCAUCGACAAGCUUUUGGUUAUGAAAAAUCAAAUGUGACGUUCAAAAAAGGCCUCAUUGAAAAACUCGGGGACGUCGGAAUCGAGGACAAUUCGAUCGAUGUUAUUGUUUCAAAUUGCGUCAUUAACUUGGUGCCCGACAAGGAAUCUGUCAUCAAAGAGGUCGCUCGAGUUUUGAAGGAAGGAGGAGAACUGUACUUCAGCGAUGUUUACUCUGACAAGGAAAUUUCCGAAGCUGCGAGAAAGGAUUACGUCCUUUGGGGAGAAUGCAUCUCAGGAGCGCUUCUUUGGACUGAUUUGUACGAUCUUUGCGAAGAAUUCGAGCUGUCUCCUCCUCUUCUCGUCGAGUGCCAUCCCUUCGUGGUCCAGGAAGAACUGGCCGAGAAACUUGGCUCGACUCGAUUCGUCAGCGCUACUUACCGAAUCUUCAAGCCGUCAACCUCUCCCUCAAACGAAAAAGUCAAAGUCACUUACAACGGUCAAAUCCCAGAAGUGGAAACCUUCGAGCUCGCAGCCAAUUAUCAGCUGAAAAAAGACGUUGCAAAGGCCCUUCCCGUCGAUGUUUCUGCUGAUCUGAGAGCAUCAAGAUACGAGAAAUUCUUCGUUUUCGAGAAGACCGGGUGUGUUCCUUCUCAAGCGCGACCGCUGAAUCCGUUCAACAAAGAUAUUCAAACUGAAAACGCUGGUGGCUGCUGCUAA